GACGUGAGUGCUCGACCAUAAGACCGGUGUUGUGAGGUGGCACAUAUCCCUUGAAGAGCGACACCGUCCACAGGAGCAGGGCUCUUCCGCUGGAUUUGGAAACGUUUCAUUAGCGGCGACUGUUCACUUGAUCCGACACAGGAUGUCUGGACAGAGCAUUACCGACCGGAUCACCGCCGCUCAGCACAGUGUUACCGGCUCGGCGAUAACCAAAACGGUGUGCAAGUCGACCACGCAUGAAAUAAUGGGUCCGAAAAAGAAACAUUUGGAUUACUUGAUUCAGUGCACAAAUGAGAUGAAUGUGAACAUCCCUCAGCUGGCCGACACACUGUUUGAGAGGACCAUUAACACCAGCUGGGUGGUUGUGUUCAAGUCCCUCACCGCCACACACAAUCUGAUGGUCUACGGCAAUGAGAGAUUUAUACAGUAUCUGGCCUCAAGAAACACACUAUUCAAUCUCAGCAAUUUUUUGGACAAAAGUGGCCUCCAAGGCUAUGACAUGUCGACAUUCAUAAGGAGGUAUAGCCGCUACCUGAAUGAGAAGGCUGUGUCCUACAGACAAGUCGCUUUUGACUUCACUAAAGUGAAAAGAGGGUCUGAUGGAGUGAUGAGAACCAUGAACACAGAGAAACUCAUCAAGACCAUCCCCAUCAUCCAAAAUCAGAUGGACGUGUUACUCGACUUCAAUGUCAAUGCCAAUGAACUGACAAAUGGCGUGAUCAACGCAGCCUUCAUGCUUCUGUUCAAAGAUGCGAUCCGACUGUUUGCAGCGUACAAUGAGGGCAUAAUCAACCUCCUGGAGAAAUACUUUGACAUGAAGAAAGUCCAGUGCAAAGAAGGACUUGACAUCUACAAGAAAUUCCUUACACGGAUGACUAGAAUCUCAGAGUUCCUCAAAGUUGCAGAGCAAGUUGGAAUUGAUCGAGGGGACAUCCCAGAUCUGUCACAGUUUACAGUAGCUGCCCCCAGUAGCCUGCUUGAUGCCCUGGAGCAGCACUUGGCCUCUUUAGAGGGAAAGAAAGUUAAAGACUCAACAGCAGCCAGCAGGGCCAGCACCCUCUCCAUUGCAGUCUCCUCCCUUGCCAACACUGGCAUAUCUUUCACCAAAGUAGAUGAGAGGGAGAAACUGGUAGCCCUGGAGGAAGAGCAGAGUCGCCUUAGAGCACUUAAGGAGCAGCGUCUUUUAGAGCUCCAGAAGAAUCCUUCCGCAGCAACCACAGACUCCACCCCUAUCGCCACGGUGGGCGGGACCAUCCACUCGGCCCCUGCCAUUGACCUCUUCUCAAGCCCCAGCUCCACCAACAGCACAUCCAAGGCAGCCAAUGAGCUGCUGGACCUGCAACCGGCUUUGCAGCAGUCGCUGCCUCCGUCUACCACGAACACAUGGGGAGAUCCUUUCACCUCUGCUGCAGAAGCUGUGGAGGAAUCCAUUCCAAACUCAAACCCUUUCCUCACACUACCUGUUGUCGUUGCUGUCCACCUGUCCACGGUGUCUUCGGACAUUGGCAGCCUGUCCUCUAGGACAUCUAGCUAUGAAGUGUCUGGCCAACGGACUUUGUUGCAGAAUGGCCAUCUUUACCAGCAGGCUUUUUGCCUUUCUCCAGAUCAUUACAAUCCCUUUUUUGACUCUAACUCUUCCCUGGCAUCUGAUCUUGAUUCUGCCGUGCCAAUAGAGACAUUUAUCACAGACUCCUUCUGUGGGCCAAGCCCUUACGACACCCCUCUACUCUUCCAAUCUGAGUCCCCUGCUGUAGCUGGUCUAUUCAGAGGAUAUCCAGCCUCUCCAACACCACAGCAGCCCCAGGACUCUCAAGGCCUUAAUGUAGACUUUGACUCUGUAUUUGGCAACAACAUCAACGCUAACAACCUGGAUGCUACAGAUGCUUUAGGUGGCCUCCUCAAACCCACAGUGACAUCUUCACCCAGUCAGAGUAUGGGCAUGACCCUGAACGGCCAACAGGCACACAAACUGGUGUCCAACGACCUGGACUCAUCACUUGCCAACCUUGUCGGCAAUCUGGGAAUUGGCAACGGCACAGCAAAGAAUGAUCUUCACUGGAGUCAGCCUGGUGAGAAGAAGCUGACUGGUGGAAACAACUGGCAACCGAAGACCGCUCCUUCUACCACCUGGAACCCUGCAGCCAUGGCACCAUCUGUCAUGGCCUUCCCGGCAACCACACCGACGGGCACGAUGGCAUAUGCAAUGCCUCCCCACGUAGGCUCCAUGAUGACGACGACGACACAGCCCACUAUGAUGUACUCCCAGCCAGUGAUGAAGCCAGCCAACCCCUUUGGUCCCAGUCCAGGUGCACAGUUGUUUUUCAUAUGACUAGAUGCACUUUAUGUAACGUGAAGGGGAGGGGGGUUUUCCCCCCCGUCUGAAGAUGAUUCACGAAGAAGAGAACUAUCCAAGCAAACCUUCUCAACUCUCCUCUCUGGGAAUAAAAGACUUGUUGAAUAAAACCACCACGGUGACCAGGUGUGCUCUGACCAUCUCGGACAGGCAGUGGACAUUGAGCCCCUCAUGUCCGUCACAGGAGGAGACGAGUGUGCUGCCAUUCAGACCCAUGUGGACAGGGAUCAACCCCUACUUCAUCCUGGACUAAGAAACGCGACACCCAUGGGGAGAGCUCUGACAUCACGGUGUAUGUACCUGGAGAAAAAAAAGAAAAUUGGGUUGUUGUCACACACGCACAUGGUUUGAGUCUUUUGAUUAUCAUAAUACCUUCUGGAAGCAUCCCCAAAUUAGGAAAGUAAUUUCAAACGUCUCUUUAUACCACACUUUUGUAUGUAUUGUUUGCAGUAGACAUUCCAUGUGUUUGUAUUUAUUUAUGAUUACCUAUAGAGAAGAUAAUUAAAAUAACUGUAUCUAGUCAUUGAUCUCCUUGUGGAUGGUCUUCAGGUUUAUAUAUCGGUAUGAUUGAUUGUAGAAUUGGAUUUUGAGUGAUUGAGAUUAUUCUUUUUUUUUUUUAAAGAAUGUAAUAUAAAGAAGAUUAAGAGAUGACAUGUUUUGCUGUUGGCACUAGAUAUCAUCUGUACUCUUAUGAUGCCUUGUACAGUUAUCGGUGGCUCUAAAGGUCACUGAGGAUGGGAAUGAAUGUAAUUGUUCAUUAAGUCAAAUUGGUGAGGAUGAUUUCCUGAAAUUUUAAAAUGUUUCACAUCAGCAACAACACUAAAUACUGUGAUGGUGGCAGCAUUGCAUUGGAAAGGAAUCUACAUUUAUGCUUUUGACACUUUUGGCAUGCCAUUUAUUCUGACAUUUAACAAUGCUCCCGGAUGCCUGGUUCCAGCCUGAAUGUGCAGGGUCCCUUUCAUGCUCAGAUCAUGUUUCCAUAGCCGAGCACUGGGGCAUUCAGGACUGUGGGGGCGCGUCGAGGCACCGGGUGUAGGUUCGGGUCAGACUGGUAACAGAGGGGCAUAAGAGAGCACUGUUGAUCGGUGCUAAGUGUAUAUAAAACUUUCCCUGCCAAUCGGAGGAUCGGGUGAGUGCAGGUAUGACAUAUGGUCUGAACAUUAAAGUGGCCCUGAAUCCAUUCACUGAGCAUAUUUUCUGCUUUGUUCCUGCAGAUUAUAUUGUGGUUGGUUUGAUUGUUUUUCAAUAAAGUGCAAGCGUCCACA